AUGGAAGCAACCAAGAAUGAUUUAGAUGACGUUGCAGUCCUUCAUAAUGAUUUGGAAGCAAUUAUAGCUGAUCUGGAAGGCGACGGAAUUCAACUGGCUCAGAUGACAACCGACAUAGAACUCGAGAUCAUUAAAAUUAGACCUGCUAAAGCUGCCGUGGUAGAAAAUACAACGGAUAAACCUACAACAACGGUUCCAGCAAUGAAGGUUCACACGUCGCCUUCAAAAUCGUUGAACCAGACGAAGCAUGUAUUUGAAAAAACAAAAAACCACCAAGCAGCCGAACAGUCAAACUGA